UUGAGAUCUCUCAUCAAAGCUCGCGACUCAUUCCGCUCUAUUUCCAUCAUUGUUCUUUUAUACACUACUUUUAAUUUGUGUGGCAUCAAUCAAAUUUUUUCAAAUCCAAAGAUUUUCUAUGGGGAGGAUAACUACCAAAACCAUGUUAUCUACACUCUCCUUCUUAGUGUGGGUUGUUUGUUGAUAUCCAGUUUGAUAUUUAAAAGUUGGGAUAUAAAGCCUGCCGUCGUCCUGUCAUCUGCUCUAAUAGUAAUAUCAUGUAUUGCCUUUUUCUUUAGCUUUCAAGUUCGGAUCUUUACAUAUAUCUUUUCUAUUGGAUAUAACCUCGGUCUUAGCCACUGCCCAUUUUAUGUUUUAGGCUUUAUUUUCCCGGAAGAUUACAGAGUGGCGGGCACAUUCCUAGGAUUGACUGUAAAUAGAGUUGUUGCUGUUGUUUCUGUAUUUAUUCCACUUGGCAGUCCUCAACAAAUGCACACACCAGUAUUUAUUGGAUAUGCACUUCUGACCGCUUUUACAGCUUUAUAUAUCUGCCUGGUUUAUGAGGAUACCAAGGGCAAAGACCAGACUUUCAGCGGGGAAAGAGAAAUAUCGUUUUGGUCUAACAUAUAUGCGCUUGAUCAGCCAAUGAAUUGGGUUUGUUUUUCUUUCUCAAAGCUUGUGUUUUCUUAA